AUAUCAGGUGGCUUCUUCAAAUGAAUUUUUAAGUAUCUCGAUGAUGAUGAAGAACAAAGACAUCAAUCAGGAUUCAGGAAGACAGCUUUUGCGGAAAAUGCUUAAAGGGAAGCAUCAAGGAUUGGUGUUGAUAUUUGAAAGUUUAAGAGUGGUAUACUUUUAUUCAGUCAACACAUGCCAAAUGUAAAAGGCACUCAUUUGUUGUUCCUGGAAGAAGCCUGGCAGCAUUCCAUUCAGACAUCUGCCCUUUCAUCGUCCCACUUUUUACUUAUUGCAGUCCUUUCAGUCUGAAUAUUUCCUCCUGACGCAUCUUCUGCCGUCCGAAAUGACUCCCUGCUCCCGGAUCCUGUAGCCCUUAUUAUUGACACCUUUCAUUUAGAAAUUUAGCACAUGUCACAUUACACCAUUAUUGAAUAAAUAAAUAAAUGAAUAAAUAAAUAAAGAUGUAUGUCCUUCCCAAGUAUAUCAGAGAACUAUCUGGACAAUUUCUUUCUUUCCCAAUUCUCAGAAUCAGCAGUAUUCUGUCAAGAAACAUUUAUCGACGAUGAUGGCAAUAGUCGAUUAAAAUCAGAUGAAGUUUUAUUUUUAAAAAAAGGUUGAGCGGAGAGACAAGGCUGAAGGUUUGGAAGUUGAGACAACCAUCUUCAAUAAACGUUUUCUCAUCUAAGGGCUGUAUGUACAUCAUUUUGGGGAAGGUAGAGAUUGAGGGAGGAAGAACAUCACUGGAGGAAGAGACAGCAGUUUGUCUUUCGAGUUUCAAUAAAGUUUCAAAAAUCCUGCCUAAGUUAUAUAUUUUUUGGCCUUUCCCUUUUGAUGUGACAAUAAACUGUAAUGCGGCUGUCGUUCGUACGAACCGAUAUUCAGCAGAAUAGAUCUGAGCACUUUCGGAAAAAGAAGCGUUCGGUUUUGUCAUAGAUUUUAGCAUGAAGAACACACUUUGACCUUUGAUGCUGUCAAGCACCUGGGCCAGCGAGGCUGGCGGCUGGCGAAUUCCACCAGCAAGCAGACGCAUUGCUGCGCAGGACCCGGCGAACCGGGGACUGGUCCACCCAACCCAGGAAGGCACCCCCGGGGUCCCGCCCAGCCUGGUUCCGGGAGCCUUAUUGGCCGGCCUUCCGCCCGCCAUCUCUAUCAGCCCCAGGGAUUUGGCAAGGGAGGUAGGCGGCUCCCUUUCGGCCACUCAUUGGUCAAAUCCUAAUGGAGGGGCUGAGUGAAUACCAGAGGAACUUCCUGUGGAAAAAGUCUUAUUUGUCAGAGUCUUGUAAUUCCUCCGUGGGGCGAAAGUACCCAUGGGCUGGACUUAGAUCAGAUCAAUUAGGCAUCACGAAAGAGCCAAGUUUUAUUUCAAAAAGAAGAGUCCCUUACCAUGACCCACAGAUUUCAAAAUCUCUGGAGUGGAAUGGAGCUAUCUCAGAGAGCAAUGUGGUUGCAUCACCAGAACCAGAAGCCCCGGAAACACCAAAAUCACAAGAAGCAGAACAAAAGGAUGUUACUCAAGAAAGAGUUCACUCACUAGAAGCUUCCAGGGUUCCCAAAAGAACCAGAUCUCACUCUGCAGACUCCAGAGCUGAAGGGGCUUCAGAUGUGGAAAAUAAUGAGGGUGUAACAAACCAUACACCAGUUAAUGAAAAUGUGGAACUGGAACAUUCUACCAAGGUUCUUUCAGAAAAUGUAGAUAAUGGGUUGGAUAGACUUCUGCGUAAGAAAGCUGGAUUGACUGUUGUUCCUUCAUAUAAUGCCUUGAGAAAUUCUGAAUAUCAAAGGCAGUUUGUUUGGAAGACUUCUAAAGAAACUGCUCCAGCUUUUGCAGCCAAUCAGGUUUUCCACAAUAAAAGCCAGUUUGUUCCACCAUUCAAAGGUAACUCAGUCAUCCAUGAAACUGAAUACAAAAGAAAUUUCAAGGGUUUAUCUCCAGUGAAAGAACCAAAAUUAAGAAAUGAUUUGAGAGAAAACAGAAAUCUUGAAACAGUGUCUCCUGAAAGGAAGAGUAAUAAAAUAGAUGAUCAUUUAAAAUUGGAAGCAGAGAUGGAAUUAAAAGACUUACACCAGCCUAAAAGGAAGCUUACUCCUUGGAAACAUCAAAGGCUUGGGAAGGUGAAUUCCGAAUAUAGAGCAAAAUUUCUGAGCCCAGCUCAGUAUUUAUAUAAAGCUGGGGCUUGGACACAUGUAAAGGGAAACAUGCCAAAUCAGGGUUCUCUAAAUGCCAUGUGGUAUGCCGAGGUUAAAGAACUCCGAGAAAAGGCUGAGUUUUAUAGGAAGCGAGUUCAGGGGACGCAUUUUUCUCGGGACCAUCUGAAUCAGAUUUUAUCUGAUAGCAACUGCUGUUGGGAUGUCUCCUCAACCACAAGCUCAGAAGGAACCGUUAGUAGCAACAUCAGAGCAUUAGAUCUUGCUGGAGAUCCUACAAGCCAUAAGACUUUGCAGAAAUGUCCUUCUACAGAACCAGAAGAAAAAGGAAAUAUCGUGGAAGAACAGCCCCAGAAAAAUACCACGGAGAAAUUGGGUGUGUCAGCUCCCACCAUACCCGUUAGAAGGCGGCUGGCUUGGGAUACAGAGAACACAAGUGAAGACGUACAGAAACAGCCCGGGGAGAAAGAGGAGGAGGACGACGAUGAAGAGGAAGGGGACAGGAAAACGGGCAAGCAGGCUUUUAUGGGAGAGCAAGAGAAGUCGGAUGUACAUGAGAAAUCUAAGGCAGAUAAGAUGAAAGAAGGGUCAGAUUCUUCAGUAUCCUCAGAAAAAGGAGGCCGGCUUCCUACUCCCAAGCUGAGAGAACUUGGUGGAAUCCAGAGGACUCAUCAUGAUCUCACUACUCCAGCUGUUGGUGGUGCUGUUUUAGUGUCUCCAUCUAAGAUGAAGCCUCCAGCCCCAGAACAGAGGAAAAGAAUGACCUCUCAGGAUUGUUUAGAAACUUCAAAGAAUGAUUUUACUAAGAAAGAAGGUCGUGCUGUAUCCCUACUGACUUCUCCAGCUGCUGGUAUAAAAACAGUUGAUCCUCUGCCUUUGCGGGAAGAUUUUGAAGACAAUAUCCACAAAUUUGCUGAGGCAACUCUUCCAGUUUCAAAAAUUCCAAAAUACCCAACAAAUCCCCCUGGACAGUUGCCUUCUCCACCACAUGUUCCAUCCUACUGGCAUCCCUCUCGACGAAUUCAGGGCUCUCUUAGAGAUCCAGAGUUUCAGCACAAUGUGGGAAAAGCAAGGAUGAACAAUUUGCAGUUACCUCAACAUGAAGCCUUUAAUGAUGAAGAUGAGGACAGAUUGUCUGAGAUUUCUGCUCGCUCUGCAGCUUCUAGUCUCCGGGCUUUUCAAACUCUGGCACGAGCUAAGAAAAGGAAGGAGAAUUUCUGGGGUAAAACAUAAACCUAGCUGAGUUGCCUUUAUCUAAGGAAACAUUGGCAUAAUUUUUCUUUAUUGCUUACUGUGUUAAAAUUUUUUGAGUGAAGUUUUUCCUAACAUUUUCUACUUUGAAAUAUUUAAUUUCCAAUAGAACAGUUUACUUGGAAAUUGUUAACAUAGGCUUAUACAAAUUUAACUUUUAAAGAAUUCUUUUUACAUCUAUCCCAGGGUACAAAGACCUAGAUUAUUGAAUUCUUCACAUGUAACUUUUGUAAUAGGUGUCAUGGAUAGAUUUUCACCUAUCCAGAGAGUAUUCUAAAAAAAUAAACAAAGUGAAGUAAAAGUUAAGAUCCCAGUGUGAAGUAUAUAUUCCCCUAAGAUUUGAUAUAUGUAUCUUUAUAAUUGAUGAUGUUGUAAAAUGAAUUUGUUGUUCCUUUAACCUUUGCUGUAGUGUUUCUUUUUAUUUUAGUUCCUUCUAUACAUGUUUGCAGUGUUAAGAUAAUUGUACUUUGAAAACACCAGCUGUAUAUAUUUUUCUUAUUUAUGUAACAAAGUUUGCUGAAAGAUAUGUAUAUUUUUGAUCUUUGAGUGUAUUCUAUUUGUGUAAGGACUUUGGCUUACAUUUGACUAAUGUCUAGAUUUUGAAAAAUUACCUGUAUAAUGGAGAAUUAAAACUUUGUAGACAUUUUGAAAUAAAAAUGGAUCAAGUGCG